AACCAAUGGCCACUACGCCGUACUCAUCCCGACCAAUGGCCACUACUCCGUACUCAUCCCGACCAAUGGCCACUACUCCGUACUCAUCCCGACCAAUGGCCACUACUCCGUACUCAUCCCCACCAAUGGCCACUACUCCGUACUCAUCCCGACCAAUGGCCACUACGCCGUACUCAUCCCGACAAAAUGGCCACUACGCCGUCCUCAUCCCGACCAAUGGCCACUACUCCGUACUCAUCCCGACCAAUGGCCACUACUCCGUACUCAUCCCGACAAAUGGCCACUACGCCGUCCUCAUCCCGACCAAUGGCCACUACUCCGUACUCAUCCCGACCAAUGGCCACUACUCUCCUCCUCACUCCACC